AGGCUCCUAGCCACUCGAUACCCUGAGCACUUGCACAUGCUUGAGAGUUCCAAUCACUUCAUUCCUCAACCCCAUUGCUUUCAAUUCCUUCUAUAAAGCUCAAAACUUCUCUUUUCCCUCUGAUCCAUAAGGAUAGUGGAAAGCAACGGACCCAGAGUCAAUUGCACGAUCGAGCUCAAGUUGUUGGAGUCGGAACCUAUAGAGUCGUGUUGGAUGAUCGUUCGGGGAAGGGGAUCCGGCUCUCAGUGUUCAACUCAUAUUUGUCCUGAAUAUUUAAGAAAACCAUGACUGCUCCUAUCAUGAGCAAUGAUAGACUCUCCAUUGCCAUGGAGAGAACUGGGCAAUGGGUAUUCUCUCAAGAAAUUCCUACAGACGUGGUCAUUAAAGUAGGCGAGGCCAACUUCUCCCUUCACAAGUUCAUGUUAGUGGCAAAGAGCAACUACAUAAGAAAACUUGUGAUGGAAUCGGAUGACAAGGACCUCACAAGGAUCGACCUCUCAGACAUCCCUGGCGGGCCUGAGAUAUUCGAGAAGGCUGCCAAGUUCUGCUAUGGAGUCAACUUUGAGAUCACUGUGCACAACGUGGCGGCACUUCGAUGUGCCGCUGAGUACCUGCAGAUGACAGACCACUACUGCAACAACAAUCUUGCUGGUCGCACCGAAGAUUUCCUUGCGCAGGUUGCCCUGACGAGCCUUUCCGGGGCCAUUGUUGUUCUGAAGUCAUGUGAGAAUUUGCUUCCCAUCACCGAAGAGCUUAAAAUCAUUCAGAGAUGCAUCGAUGUGGCGAGUUUAAAGGCUUGUCAUGAGGCAAUUUUUCCUAGUCGAUCACCAACAAACUGGUGGACCGAGGAGUUAACUAUACUGGACGUGACCUUUUUCGGGAAGAUCAUAAUGGCGAUGAAGCAAAGAGGUGCCAAACCCCUUACUCUAGCAAGUGCAAUCAUCACGUACACUGAGAGAGCACUUCGGGAUCUCGUGCGAGACCACUCAGCAAGUGGGAUCAAGUCCUCCUUGGAGUUUGAAGACUCCGAUGUCGGGGUCCAACAGCGCGACAUCCUGGAAUCCAUUGUUGCCCUCUUGCCUACCGAGAAAGCUGCCUUUCCUAUCAACUUUCUCUGCUGCCUUCUUCGCUCGGCGAUCUUUCUCAAGGCCACCACAGCCUGCAAGAACGAGCUCGAGAAGAGGAUCUCAGUGAUUCUUGAGCACGUAACUGUGAAUGACCUCCUUGUCCUGUCAUUCACCUACGAUGGUGAGAGGCUGUUCGAGUUGGAUAGUGUGAGGAGGAUCAUCACAGGGUUCGUGGAGAAGGAGACGAGCAUGGCUGUUUUCAACGGCGGUGAUUACAGGGAGCUCUGCUCCACUGCUAUACAGAGGGUGGCGAAGACCGUGGACGCAUAUCUCAGUGAGAUCGCUGCGUAUCCGGACCUCAGCAUCUCGAAGUUCAACGGUAUAGCAAACGUCAUUCCUAAAGGGGCUCGGAAGGUCAAUGAUGAUCUUUACCGAGCUAUCGAUAUCUACUUGAAGUCCCACCCGAACCUCGAUGAGAUCGAGAGGGAGAAGGUAUGCAGCGUGAUGGACCCGCUGAAGCUUUCCGGCGAAGCUCGGCUCCACGCCUCCCAGAACAAGCGGCUCCCCGUGCAGAUAGUCCUCCACGCCCUCUACUAUGACCAGCUCAAGCUGAGGAGUGGCGUGGACGACCGGAAUAAUCCGACCGACGCCCUGACCACGAGGAACCAGUUAAAAGCGGAUCGAUCCCUCAUUAAGGAGAAUGAGGAGCUGAGGUCCGAGCUCAUGAGGAUGAAGAUGUACGUAACGGAUAUGCAGAAGGGCCAGGGGAUCGCAUCCUCGAGUCAUAAGUCAUCGGGUUCCAGAAAGCCGACUUUCUUCUCCUCCGUGUCGAAGACCCUUGGGAAGCUGAACCCUUUCCGUCACGGGUCGAAGGACACAUCCAAUAUAGAGGAUGCCGUGGACAUUACGAAGCCAAGGAGGCGGAGGUUCUCUAUCUCAUAAACUUUAUCUCUCGUUCGAUAUUAUAGUCAAACCAAUUAGUUUUUACUUUGCUUUCGAAGGACGGGAGUCAUAUGUAUUGAUUGUUUGGUGAUCUUGUGAUUCGUUUUUGCCUGUUUUGUGAGUAAUUUGGCGAUUGUUCUUAUGGUUGUAUCGGAGAAUUGAAGUAAUUAAUUCGUACUUUUAAAACUUAGAUAUGCAGGCAUAACAGUUCAUGUCGAUGUGAAUUUUGUUUGGAUUAAUUAGGUAUACGCGAAAUAAAUUUCUUAUGUUAUGGCAA